CGUCAAACCAGGAAGUCGGAAAAAGGUUUUCGGAGAAGACAAAUCCGAACUUUAAAAUGAGUCGGAUUUAUGACAACACAGCGUUACACAAUAAACCAGUUCACAACGAAAAGUUGCCUUUUCUCUGGGAUCCGUCUUCAUAUCAGAGAGGCCUUGGCCUAAUUUUAGAAGGGACGUUUGUUGAUGUGUCACGCCAUGCAGUCACAGACAUCAACAACAGAAAGGAACGUUAUAAUGUUUUGUACAUCAAGCCCAAUCGAAUCCACUGCAGGAAAUAUAAUUCCAAGGGCAACGAGAUAGAGCCGAAUUUCAGUGAAACCAAGAAGGUCAAUACUGGUUAUCUUAUGUCAUCGUACAAAUUGGAGGCUAAGGGCGAGUCGGAUCGUCUUACUGUGGACCAACUGAAAGACAUAGUGAAUAAGAAGGAGCUGCUCAGGAUGACAGAGAAGCUCUGCCCCCAGCAAGCCUUCGCGUUCUGGGUUCCAGAGUCUGAGAUGGAGAAGACAGAGCUGGAGAUGGGCCAGGAUAUCCGUCUGAAGACCAAAGGAGAUGGUCCCUUCAUCUUUUCCUUUGCUAAAUUGGAUGCCGGCACAGUGACAAAAUGCAGCUUUGCGGGAGAUGAGAAGACAGGGGCAUCGUGGACUGACAAAAUAAUGGCCAACAAAGCAGACACACAUAGUAAAGCAAAGCCAGCAGCACAGGGUGAAGGGGCUGAGGAUGAAGAGUGGGAUGACUGACUGGUUCACUGAAACCAAAGCAAGCCACUGUUUCCAAGAUAUAUGUACACACAUCAUAUAGAAGUUGAUGAUAUGAAUUACGUUACCUUCUGAUAUUUAUGAUAUUUUUUUUAUUAUUCAUUAAUGUCUUUAGGCUAGGAUUCAUAAAUAAAAUUAUAUUUGUUUUAUCAGCACCUUUUAUAAUGUUUGAAGACAUUAUGACAUAACAGAGUACGGAACAAUUCUAUUCUCACUGCAAUAAGUGUUUUAAAUAAUAAUUGUAUUAAUUGAUUUAAAGACAAUCAUAAUCUUUGUAAUCCUAUUUUAAUUUUAAAGGAGAAUAUUUCACUUUCAAACUUUAGUAACUUUAUUCUUUUUUUCUGACAUUUUUGAUUGUCUAUACAUAAAAUGUUCAUAACUGAAUAUUUUUAAAAAAAGGUUUUUUACAUAAUAUAUAUUCCUUUAUAUAGGUUUCUAUAUUUAUAAAAUACUAGAUUGCAAUGUAUUUUAAAAAGUACUUAAUAUUACCAAGUAAGAGGCAUUUUUGGAUAUAAUUUCAUUUACAUAAACAAUAUCAAGUUUAUGUAAUAUACAUGAGUUUGCUUGUCCAAAAAAGAAACCCAAUAAAAAUGAAUUCAAAUGUUUCACAGGCACAUACAUUUUCAAGAGUCACAUACAUUUAAUUGUUAUUUCAUAUUAAAGCAUAUCUGCCAACUGUAA